UGAACCUCACGUGUCCGUGCUGACGCGGCGGCCUUCUCGUGGAGUGGAGACACGGAGCAUCUAGAGAACGGUGUCAGGGUGCCGGGAAUACGAUUGUAUUUUUGCUAUUUGUGAACAUAAUGACUGCCCAGGUCUCUGAAUCGGAUCAGAUUAAACAGUUCAAGGAGUUCUUGGGGACCUACAACAAGCUCACAGAAAACUGCUUCAUGGAUUGCGUGAAGGACUUCACCACGAGAGAAGUGAAGCCGGAGGAGGGGACCUGCUCGGAGAGCUGCCUGCAGAAGUAUCUGAAGAUGACCCAACGCAUCUCCAUGCGUUUCCAGGAGUACCAUAUCCAGCAGAACGAGGCCCUGGCAGCCAAGGCGGGGUUGCUGGGGCAGCCCCGGUAGAGCCCUGAGGAGGAUGCUCAUGCAGCCCCGAGGUGUCAGGAACUGUGCGUCCAGCCAGGGAGUUCUGCAGGUCUCCACAACAGCAGAGACUUUACCUUUCCUUUUCAGAGGUGAGCCGGAUCCCAGAGACCUCUACCUUCAGAUAAGGGCUGCCCAAUGCUCUGGACAGCAGCACCCCACUUCACGGCAGCUCAUGCAGAUAGGUGUGUGGACCAAACAAAAUAUCAAGACUAUCGCUGGUAGAAGGAUGCCUACAUUGCGGAGUGCUUCCAGUGCAACAGCAUAUGUAAUGAGUGUGUCAGCAUUGUAUACAGGGCUGGUUGAUUGUAAAUUGUUCACACUUGUCUCCAGCAUUGUAAAUCACCUUAAAUAAAGGUGUCCCAUUAUUAUUAUU